AUGAAGUUGUUUUCAUCCAUAUUCAUUCUCAGUCUCACUUUUGCAACCACUUGCCUAUCAGACAAAGCCCCCAAAAUCAAAAAGAAUCCCAAAAAUAUUGUCGCUAUUGCUGACUUCCCAUUUGGCGGUGAUAAAGAUAUCAAAGGAAAUGUUGUAUUCACCACAACUGGCAAAUAUGUCAACGUUCAUGUCGACAUGACGGGGUUCCCCCAUAAUGAAGGUCCAUUCUACUACCAUAUUCAUGAACGUUCAGUACCGGAAAAUGGAAAUUGUGAAGCUUGUGGAUUACAUUUUAAUCCAUACAAUUCUAGUCCUGAUUGUCUUGCUCAAAAACAUGAUGGAUAUUGUCAGGUGGGUGAUUUAUCAGGUAAACAUGGUGCCAUCAAUAGUACUUGUUUUGAAUUCAAAUUCACUGACCCUUAUUUAUCGUUAAACAAGAGAUCAAAGAGUUAUAUUGUGGGAAGAAGUUUGGUUUUCCAUUACGCUAAUAUGACUAAAUUGGCUUGUGCUGAUAUUGAAUUGGCUAAUGAUUUACGUAUUCAAAGUCUUAUGGAUGAGUAUGUUCAAACUGAUGAUUCAGUACAAUUGACACAAUUGAAACAGUCUUUGGAUCAAGGGUAUGCUUUUGAUGCGUUGGAAGCUUUGAAAAAUGAGGUUUAUGAAAGUGAUGAUGACGUGCAGGAAGUUUUGCCACCAUCUUUACAACAAGAGCUUAAUCAACCAAACGCCAACGAGCAAAAGGAGGAGGAGGAACAACAACAACAACAGGAGGGUAUUGACAACGAGCAAGAAGAUCUUUCUCGAUCAAAGAAUUUCAAACACAUCUUACAAGAUGUUAAAGUGUUGCCCCAGCGAUUAGUCAACAAAACCAAAAACCAUUGGUCAAAAGAAGAUGAAGGAAAAUUUGGUCGGAAAAAAGUUGACAAGUUAAUUCACCAUUCCUCAAUUUAUUCACCCAAUUCAUCGGAAAUGGAAUUAUACCAAAACCAAACCAAUGUGACAUUACAUGGGGUUUCACAAGAUUGUUCGCCAAAUUCAAGUUCGUCACUAUUUGCAUCAUUAUCAACCCUGUUCCUAUAUGCAUUGAUGAAUUCAGUCAUGAUUGGAGUGAUUGUCAUGGUGGUGAUAUAA